AUGGAAAGGGUUCAAGAACUAGAACGCGAGCACGUUCAAUUGUAUGGUGAACUUCUAAAAGCACUCGAUAAGCUCUACCAGCUUCAACGUGGCCAUGGCAGGAUCAGAGACAAGGACGCUGAAAGCACCCUGGCUACCAGACGACAGCUUCAGAUGAGUAUUGAGAAGAGUGCUGCAAUGAUAAGAACUUUGGAAAGAUUGCUGAAAUACGAAGGCAAUCCAGACAUGGGAUUGACCACUACUGAAGACCUUCUUGCGUUGAGGUUGGGCAAGCUAAUGCAAGAGAACUACGAGAUGGACUAUGAUGUUGCCGAAUUUAUGAAAAGAGAGGACAAAGUACGACAAGAACUCAGAGAAGAAAGAUUACAAUACUCGCGAUUGACCACUAGAUUGAGGGAACUUAGCGACAAGAUUAAUAGCCAGAAAGAUACUCCUGAUGAGUCUGACAAGAUAAAAAGUAUUCCCACGCUAGGACGGUCUGAAAUCAUAGAUCAAAAUGAAAGAAUCGAAGAAUUACUGAUAGCACUCAAGAUUCACGGUGGUUACGAUCCAAUGCUGUAA